AGCAUCUAUUUCUUCUCCUCUGUUGGACACAAACGUACAAAAUGGAUCAGUAUGUUGACAGUUUGCCCUAUGUUCCGAACCGCGCGGAAUACGAAGCCCGAGCACGAUCGGUUCCGCGGCAUGAAAUCGAAGAAGCUGUUCUGCCAGAGGGAUUCCCAGUCAACAUAACCUCGAAAAUGGCUUGGGACAGGGACAGUAUUGAGUCCUACGAGGAUGGCUACAUAUUGAACUUGGACGAUUCACAGCUGAAGGAAAUUGACGAUGCACUGCAGAAUUUCAAGUCUCUAGGAAAGCCUCUGGAGCUUCUUAGCCCUGCUACCUUCCCCUUGCCAUCGCUACAUUCUAUCCUGCGCGGUGUAUCGGAUAAUAUCCACACAGGCACUGGAUUCUCCCUGGUUAGGGGCAUUCCCGUCGAUCGCUAUUCGGCGGAGGAGAACAUGAUAAUAUAUGUUGGCGUCUCUUCUCAUAUAGGCCGUAUCCGUGGCCGUCAGGGCUACAAGUAUGACGGGUGUCCUGCAGACGUUGUUGUUACGCAUCUCACUGAUAUGAGGCCUCCUUCUGACCCAACACUCACCGUCAGAGUUGCAGGUGAUACUAACGAAGAUAUUCCAUUCCACACAGAUGUUGGAGACAUAGUGUCUCUUUUCGCACUAGGCGAAUCAGCUGAAGGCGGGGAGAGCCUAUUAGCAAGUAGUUGGAGAGUUUAUAACGAGCUUGCUAGAACUAGGCCUGAUAUAAUCCAGGUUCUGGCCAGUGACUGGCCAAUCCCGAGUUCUAAACAGGAGGGUGCUUUCAUCCACCGGCCUCUGAUGUUCCACCAGAAUUCAUCGGGAACAACACCGGAGAGACUGUUGAUCAAUUUUUCAAGAAGAUGGUUGGCGGGAUAUGGCGACCUCAAGCGAACGAGACUGCUUUCUGUGAGACAGGCCGAGGCGCUUGAUUCCCUCCACUUCUUGGCUGAAAGGUUCCACAUAUCCAUGAAGCUUCAGAAGGGAGACAUGCAGUUCUUCAAUAAUUUAAGCAUCCUACAUGCUCGAAGAGGCUACAACGAUGGACCUCAGCAGAAACGACAUUUCUUGCGACUAUGGCUGAAGGAUCCGGAGAACGCAUGGCCGAUGCCGAAACAGCUUCAGCAGAAAUGGGACGGCGUUUAUAGCGAAGAAGAAUCGCGAGGACCACAAGUAUUUCCGCUAUAUCCUUACACGACUGUAUAG